AACUUUGAUGCUGGUUAUUUUACAUUCUAAAUUCUCUGGGUUAUUAUGCUGGGUAAAUAUUGGACAGAACCUAUAUAGGUUUAUUUAUUAACCUAUGCUGGGUUGUUCUUAACCCAAGCAUACAGUAAGUUAAAACAACCCAGCAUUACAUUGAAUUAACCCAGCAUAGGUUUAUGUAUUAACCCAACGUGUGGUCUGUCCAAUAUUUACCCGUUGUUGGGUUAAAAAUAACCCAGAGAAUUUAGAGUCCAGAAUUUGAUUUUAAGACUUAGCCUCCUGAUUUCCACAGGCAGGGUCACGUAUAUUAUAAUUUUAAAAACAGAAAAUGACAGGUCCUGGUGUUACCAGUUAAGUGAGUACAAUUGUGUUUUUACAGACAUGUGGAGUGUUGUGUGUAAAGGCUGUAAUGAGCUCAUUCAGGACAGGUACAUGCUCCGCGUGCAGGAUGGACUGUGGCACGAGCGCUGUCUGCAUUGCGCGUCAUGCCGCGAGCCGCUGACAAACACCUGCUUCGUCCGCAAUAAGAGCCUGUACUGCAAGAGAGACUACCAGAAGCUGUUUUUGGUAAGGUGCAAAGGUUGUGCAGAGGUCAUCUCUCCAGACGAGCUGGUGAUGCGCGCAGGCACCGCAGUCUUCCACCUGCAAUGUUUCUGCUGCUGUCUGUGUGCCUGCAGGCUGCAGAAGGGAGACCGCUGUGUGUUCACAGGGGACAGACUGCUCUGUGCCAGAGACUAUCACAACACGCUGGCUAGCCCGACUACCUCUGACUCAGGUAAAAGUGAAGACGAAGAGGAGGAAGAUGACGAAGGCAACAUUUGUACUACAGGGCAUAGCAACACAUCAGCAGACAUGGAGCACAAGAGACCUAAAAGACCUCGUACCAUCCUCACAACGCAGCAGAGACGAGCAUUCAAAGCUUCUUUUGAGGUCUCGUCCAAGCCAUGUCGAAAGGUAAGAGAGACGCUGGCAGCAGAGACAGGACUGAGCGUACGAGUUGUUCAGGUCUGGUUCCAGAACCAAAGAGCCAAGAUUAAAAAACUGGCAAAAAGACAACAACAGCAAAAGCAAAAUGUGUCCUCUCAAGAGAAAAGAGACGGACAUGCACAACUCACUGCGCCCUCUUAUGGAGACUUGCCCACUGAACUGGAGUGUACAGGAUCAUAUGUGUCACUGGCCCAGCAGAAUAUCACUUUAGAGUCACACGGUUUUAAACUGGACCCCUUCAGACAGGGUCUCACCCCUCCUCAGAUGCCUGGAGACUACAUGCAUCCCUACGGUUGCGACACUCUGUAUGACAGUACAGACAGUGAUCCUCUGUGUCACUUUAGUGACUGUCUGUCCAGCUUAGAUGCCUCCUUGUUAACACCCAUUGACCGACUGUAUUCAAUGCAAGAUUCUUACUUUACAUCUUGAGCAUUAUUUAAAUGUAGUGUGUGUGUAUGAAUGUGUGGUGUGUGUGUUAUGCUUUUGCAUGCAUUAGGGUAGAAAUGCUAACAAUGGUAAUGUACUGUAAUGCAUUUUUUCCUGUGUUGUAUAUUGUAUUUAUUAUGGUUUGUGUUUUU